CAGGAAUGGCUUCCUGUUUGCUAUGUGCUGCUGCUGCUGUCUAAACAUGACGUUUUUACGAAGCAGCGGGUAAUAGGGGACAUCACUCCGCAAACACACGGGCAUGGUGCACCGGGAGGAAGCAUGCUGUUAACCCAACUCCCAGAAGAUGUUCUCUAUCAUAUCUUGUCUUAUUUGGACUGCAGAUCUCUCAGUCGCCUGUCUCAAGUUUGUAAAAGUAUCUACCGCUUCGUAAGCCGGGACGCGGUGUGGAGGAGGAUUGCAAAAGAGUUCCUAAACACUGGAAUUACCUGGAAUGGGACGGACAUAUAUCCAUUCAUCCCCCUGAAGGAGAGAGUAAAGAUAGCUCAGAACUGGUACUAUGGGGUCUGCAGAAGGGCCAUUCCUCUCAAAUGGAAAACAAAACUGUUGCCAUGGUUACAGCUGGAGGGGAACACACUGUUUCUGUCCCAGGCUGGUGAUAUUGCAGCGUACCAUCUGCACCAAGACUCUGGGAGGCUCCAGCGUAACCCAUUUGAAAUCUAUUCUGGCCACACAGGUGAUGUCUGUCGCUUUGUUGUGACAGACUCUCACCUGAUCAGUGGUGGAAGUGAUAGCAGGAUCCUGGUUCACAGCAGGAGAGUUCACAUGUCGGUGGAGUUAACAGGUCACAAACAAGAAGUCAACUGCCUGGACUCUAAAGAGGGACUCAUUGUCAGUGGAUCCAGAGACAGAACUGCCCGGAUUUGGACUUUGACUUCCAGAUGCCCCAGACACACCAUCCCCACCUAUGACAGAGUGUGGUCUGUUGCUAUUAGUCCUACAUUGAGAUCCUUUGUAACAGGCACUGCAUGCUGCGAGAACUAUUCUCCUCUUCGCAUCUGGGAUGUUGAGCGGUCGGAGAGUGUGUGCAGUUUGGGCUCAGAUUUUCGUCGCGGUGCUGGCGUGUUGGACAUGGUGUUUGAGUCUCCGUUCCAGCUCUUCACCUGCAGCUAUGAUACUUUUAUUCGACUCUGGGACCUCCGACUCAACCCAAGGAAGUGUGUGAUGGCAUGGGAGGAGCCUCAUGACAGCGCUCUUUACUGCAUCCAGACAGAUGGAAAUCACAUGAUAGCCAGUGGCUCCUCUUACUAUGGUGUUGUACGACUCUGGGACAAACGUCAGACUGAAUGCCUGCAGUUCUUCCAGCUGAGCUCACAACCCCUGAGCAGCCCUGUGUACUGCCUGAGGUUCAGCAGCUCUCACCUGUAUGCAGCACUGGCCACCUCCCUGCACUCACUGGACUUUAGACAGAACCCCAACCACAUCGGAUGACACACAAACACAAACAGAGACAAACAUUGUUCAAAUUGAACUGUUCAAUUAAGCUGUCUAUUUUCACAAUAAAAUUGUAUAAAAGAAAUGCUUAUUCCGUUCCAGCAACAUAUUUACCAGGAGUU